AAAGAAACUAAAAGAAAACAUGGUUGUUUUUCAGCUUUCCUUGGAGAUUAUAAACAUUGUUUGGUUUCAUUAAUGUUUAAUUGAUAGUUAGCUACAAUGAAGUCGCUUUAAUGGAAAAUAAACAAAAGUUUUCCCAUGCAAGAAGAUAAUAAUAACCUAAAGGUUAGCGUCUGGAUGUGCUUCUAGAUACUGCAGUUGUUAGAAGGGAAUAAACAUGACUAUGAUCCUUGAUCAAUGAUAUUAGUUUAAUUCAGAAUGGUUGUUGGAUCAGCGACGUACCCAGGGAGGCAAGUGCUCCACAAAAUGCAGCCAAUGGGCAUGACCCCGCGCGAGCUCUCGGACUACGACGACUUGGCGACUGCUCUGAUAGUUGACCCCUACCUUGGUAUCACAACCCAUAAAAUGAAUAUCCGCUAUAGACCAAUUAAAACAAACAAGGAGGAAUUAAAGAAUAUUGUAAAGGAAUUCAUUCAAACUCAAGACUACAAUAAAGCAUAUUCCAAACUAGCCAAUGGAGACUGGAUGCCAAGACAUUUUAGCAAAAAUAAACAUCAGCAAAGUAAACUGAGAGAACAUAUUUAUCGUUACCUGCGAGUAUUUGAUAAGAAGGCUGGUUUUGUCAUAGAACCAUGUUAUAGAUAUUCAUUAGAAGGUCAAGUUGGAGCAAAAAUUUCAACAACCAAAAAGUUUUUCAAGCAUGAAAGAAUAGAUUUUUUAGUUGGAUGUAUAGCAGAAAUGACAGAAGAUGAAGAAAAACAACUACUUCAUCCUGGAAAGAAUGAUUUUUCUGUAAUGUACAGUUGUAGAAAAAACUGUGCUCAACUUUGGCUUGGGCCUGCUGCAUAUAUUAAUCACGACUGCAGACCUAACUGUACUUUUGAGGCCACUGAUCGAGGCAAAGCAUUUGUACGUGUUUUAAGAGAUAUAGAGGUUGGAGAAGAAAUAACUUGCUUCUAUGGUGAAGAUUUCUUUGGGAAUGGAAACUGCUAUUGUGAAUGUGAAACUUGUGAAAGACGAGGUAAAGGUGCAUUUUCAGUCAAAAGUGCAGACACUGAUGAACAAGCAACUAGAUAUAGAUUUAGAGAAACUGAUAACAGAAUUAAUAGGACAAAAGCUAAGAUGACUAAAAAGAUUGAAAACGGAAAAAGUUCUGAAAAAUCUCGAAUGUCAAGUCGUCAAAAUUCGAAUAUAGUUUCACCACUGAGCAUGAAGGAAAUGAAACAGAAAGGUUUGACAAAAUACGAUGCUGAGUUAUUAAUAGCUCAAGGAUGUAUUGCUGAUGUUAUGGAUGCUUCAGCAAAUAAAGAAGGCCAAGGAAGCAGAGAGUCUUCUGCAUCUAGUAGAGGUGAGCGUUUAAGGAAGCGCACUGAUAGCAAUCGCACUGCUAACGGUCUAACUAACUCAAGUUCAACUAAGCAGAGAGCUCCACCAUCACGGUGUUGUAGUACAACCAGUUCAAGAAGUAGUAGAGACUCUCACACUGGUAUAGUUUUAAGAAGCCAUAAGCGGCUUCUGGAGUCCAGUAAUCAACUUACAUGCUCCAAAAUUAAAAAUAAUGUCAAAACUGAUGAUGCAAAAGAAGAAGAUAGAAACCUCAACACUCCUAAGGUAGAAUCAGAAAAUAUAAGUGAAAUAGAAUUAAAUAAAAUAAUUAAUAAAACUGAAAUAACAAAUAGCCACCAUAAGCUUAUGAAAACUAAUACUGAAGGCAUUGUAGUAAAUGUGAAGCAAGAAGGUGAUUGUGAUACAAAAGAAUCUCUGCAUCAAAACAUAGAAACAAUUACACCCUUUGAAGUCAAACCAAAUAGUCCAGUAGAAAGACCUGAAAUUAAAGAGCAAAAAAUAGAAGUUGACUGUGUGAGUGGUAAUAAUGCAUGUUCCAGAAGUGAGAUUUAUGACUUUAGAGAAAAUGUUAACCCAAGUGAAAUAAAAGAUAACAAAGUGAACAAAAGUUAUAAAGUAGAAUCAACGGAGCGAAACGAAGAUUCUAAUAAAGAGGCUGACUCUGGACCUCCUUGGUUAGCAGAUAAUUCUAAUAAAAGCAGCGAGUGUCCGUGCACACCACCUCGGAGAGGUCUGAAACUGACAUUACGGGUGAAGAGGAGCCCAGUUGUGGAGGAGGUGAUGGAUUGUGGCGCCACGGCUGAGGUGCCCGAGUACGAAGUGUUACGAUUAGAAGGUGUAGAUCCGGAAACUGUGCGUCGAUUUAAAAAAAGGCGUCGUUCAAAAGAACGCCAUCGUAAGCACAGUCCCAUCCGUCCUCUGCCCCCUAUGAAACGCUUAAGGCUAAUUUUUGGCAAUGAGAGCCGUACAAUUGAUUUGCCUACUGCUAUAUCAGCAGACUGACAGCCGCAAAUACCUUAUGGUUACUUUUCCACCGUUAAUAUUCAAUUAUUAGUUUAAUUGUCACUGACUAGGAUAUUUUAUCUAGUAUUUAUUUUUGUGACUUGAAAUUCUGAUUAAGUAUUGUGUGAUAGACAUCAGAUUUUAUUUGAUGAUUCCAUGAAAAUAUUUAUUGAUUAAAAUAGAAAAUAUUGAA